AACCGUUUGGCUCGAGCUGCGACGAUGCCCAGCCAAGAUUUUACGCCUCCGUCAUUUGGAAUUGAAUACACGAAAAAGCCGUCACUCGUGGACCGAAGUAAACCAUCCGCUGGAGGUGAAAAAUCGUUGAAGGCGUCGACACCGCCACCACCUCAACCCCAGCCCCAGGCGAAUGGACCUGCCAGGCUCUUCACCACUGAGUCCUUCAUGCGACGCUAUGGUGACGAGCGGUUUCCACCACAGCAACGCACGGCCCACUCCCCGGGCCCACGAAGGGCUCUGGGAGCGACAAGGCAGGCUCGUCCUGGCAGUGUAUUUAUCCCACGAAGGAGUCCUAUCAGCAGCGCUCCACCUGAACAAUGGCCAGUGAAACCGCCUGACACGACAGCCACAACCCCCACAAAGACCACAAACACCACAAAUUCUCGACCCCGAUUCUUUUCCCGCUCAGAUCCACCAGAAGUUCAACCCUCUCAGGAACAAGUGUCACUUUAUGAGCCAUUCUCCGAGAACGGUCUCUCACGACAGAUGAGAUCAACUACUCCAGUUAACACCACUACGGCUCCUCUACCUGUACCGAACCCGUCUUCGCAACCCCAGCAACCAAUAGCGUAUUCUGCUCCCUCGUUUAUACACCACCAGCAGCAGCAGCAGCAGCCAAACCAACCAGCUUUUGCGGUAAUCGCUCAAGAUCCCUCGGCUCUGCAGGCACUGCUUAGUGGCGAUUUGGGUGGUCGGACGUACAUAAUUCAGCCAUUGCAGCAACCUUAUCUUAUCCCCCAAUACCAGGCUGCCCCCGCGUCAUAUCCUCCAUUUGCGGUCUCGCAGGCGCCCUUGCCACCACCACUGACUUUCACCCAACCGCCACCAGCGCUGCAACACCAACAACCUGUGACAGUUCCACAGCAGCCACCUACACUGCACGUCUCGGCACCACCAGAACAGCUGCAACCACCGCAGUUACCUGCCUGGCAAGUCCCCGUGUACCCUGCCACGCAACAGACAGUGAGUCCGGCAGCAACAGAAUCACGAGCUGUGUUUGUGGACGUCCAGACGUCUGCGCCGACGCUGCGCGAGACCACCCCUCAACCGGCUUCUGAAGCACCCGUGACUUCGACUGGUAAUCGACCACAGGCAGCUGUGCCUGUACGACCUCCCUCGAAAACCGUUCAAUCGAUUUUAAAGCAGAUCGGCCCGCAGCAUAGCCAGCAGCACGAAGCUCAUAGGGUGUCAUUACGGGAGCCACAGAAAUUGGGUACUCCGACGUUUCUGCAGCCAGUUAAACAGCCACCUCGGUUGACAGCAUCAAGAGAGAACACCCCUAUUCCAACCAAAGGCUCGCCUCUGUGUGAAUACGUGGAAAAACUCAAACUCGCGCCAGUUCGAGCUAACCGGCGUGCGCUUUUGAGCAACACAACAAAAUCAAAAAGCAUGCCUGAAAGCGAUAACUUGAGGGCUAUUUCCAUGGCAAUGGAAGACAACAGUGUCAUGUCGGUUAUCGACCGGGCGAGGCUGUGGCAAGAGGAGCGAAGGCUGGAAGAGGUAGGCAGGAGCAAGAGUGGAUUUGUCGAUCGUGACUUGAUCGCCUGCGGUGAUGAGUUGGUGCCAGUGGAGGAGCGUGUGCGAGCUUUCAAUACCGGACAAAUCGUGGAGGAGAAUGAGGCGGCCAAAAGGAAACUCAAUGAAGAAUUUGAGGAGGAGCGAAAUCGAAGGAUAAGGGAACAGUUGUUUUCGUCUGAAGCGAAGCCGAGCACACCCAUACAGCUGAGCUGCAGGGCUGUUGUUAACAGGCCGAAGGAGUCACAGCCGCUUUCACCAAAAGUCCUUCUCGGUGACCCAUUAACAAAACUUUCAGUAAAGGAGAAGAGCAGUCUUUUCGCGCGGCGUUCAGGUGGUGGACGGCCAAUGAAGAGUGACCGUGGAACCAUUCAGCGCCGAAAAACUCAACCAGUCACGCUUGACGACAUUGCCCGCGUGAAUCAGAGUAUUCUGGAGGGUGGCGGAGUUGUACACCCAGAUUCUCCUAUCGGCAGUUUCAGAGAGGAGGAUCUGGAAAUUGGAUCCUGUCUCUCGAGUCCCGCUGCUAGCGUAAUCAGUGAGUUCUCUGAAAUCGCUCACGCGCAGUCUCCUACGAAGCCCCGUGGAUUGAGAAUAUUCUAG